GCAAAUCAAAAUUCUGAUUCUGUUAUUGUAGUAAAAUCAGAUUCAUCUCUUUGGAAAAAAACGAUAAGGGAUCUCUCUCUAAUUGGCGCUCCUUUACUAAUUGCCCUUUAAUUCCAUCCAUCUUCGGAUUCUUUUCAAAUCAACAAAAAAAGUACAAAUCGGAUCCCUACAAUAUCCUCUCCACUCUUCACAAAUCCUUCUCCGAGAUCUACAAACGCUGUUUCAUUCUUCCGAUUACAAUGGCGACGAGAAGACGUACUUUGCUCAAGGUCAUUGUCCUCGGUGACAGUGGGGUUGGAAAAACCUCCUUGAUGAAUCAGUAUCCUUUUCAAUUGAACAAUUCAUUCGAUUUGGGGUUAAUUGGCUACAGAUUCGUUUUCGUGUAUUGAUUAUGUGAUUAUGUGAAGUCUUUAAUUGGUGAAUUUUAGAUAUGUGCAUAAGAAGUUUAGUAUGCAGUAUAAAGCAACGAUUGGUGCUGAUUUUGUAACCAAGGAGCUUCAGAUUGGGGAAAAGCUUGUUACUUUACAGAUUUGGGAUACUGCUGGACAAGAGAGAUUCCAGAGUCUUGGUGCUGCUUUUUAUAGAGGAGCUGAUUGUUGUGCUUUGGUUUAUGAUGUUAAUGUGUUGAGGUCUUUUGAUAAUCUCGAAACUUGGCAUGAGGAGUUUCUUAAACAGGCAAGUCCAUCAGAUCCAAAGACAUUUCCGUUUAUAGUGCUUGGAAACAAGAUUGACGUAGAUGGAGGGAGCAGUAGAGUGGUCUCUGAUAAGAAAGCAGCUGACUGGUGUGCUUCAAAUGGUAACAUACCCUAUUUCGAGACAUCAGCAAAAGAUGACUUCAAUGUCGAUGAGGCAUUCUUAACCAUUGCCAAAACCGCCCUUGCUAACGAACAUGAACAGGAUAUAUACUUCCAAGGCAUACCAGAUGCAGUGACUGAAAACGAGCCAAAAGGCGGUGGUUGCGCUUGCUGAACCACAGAUUUGAGGAUUCAAUGACAUUCGUUUUUUUGAUGCAUUCAUUUGAAGGUUGGUGUACUCUUGAGUUGCAGAACGAUAAGCUUGUAGAAGCAAUUUUUUGUCAUUCCAUCAUAUAUUAAUUGAUUGGAGAAGUCUGUGUAUGAUCAAUCGAUUCUGCUGGAUACAAAUUUUAUUUUUGUAAGAAGAACCAUUAUUGCUCUUAAUCCCUAUGGCGAUAUAAAGUUGCAUGCUACACUAUUUCAGUUUGGUUUGACUCAACUGUCGGAUAUGUUACUACAUCUAUAGUUAGACCAUAUGUUCAUUUUGCAUGUAUAGUUUUUUUCAUAGAAAUAUUGUAAAACUUUGAAGUCAAACUUUAACCUAGAUCAUGUGAUAUUUUAAAAAACUUUGUGAAUGUAAUACACUCGAAUAGCUAUUCAGGUG